ACAUUAUGAGCAUGACGUGGUGAGCGCGAACAGUCUCGGCUACCCUGCAUACGCGUAUAAAAGCCUCCCAUUCACGACAGUCACCCUAUUCUUCCUUGAAUCCCAAAGCCACCACUUAUCCUCCGUUCAUCAUGGGUCACAUCUGGUCAGUGUACAUCCGCGAGACUUUUCCUCCCUCAACGAAGUUUCACGCGUCUGAUGUCCCGGACAUGUCUGGAAAGGUUGUUCUCAUCACCGGUGCCAAUUCAGGAAUAGGAAAAGAGACCGCCAGAAUCCUCCUCGCGAAAAACGCCAAAGUUUAUGUUGCUUGUCGCGACGAGGCCAGGGGUGAAGCUGCUAUUCGCGAACUUAAGGAGAGCACCGGAAAAGAAGCGUGUUUCUUGCAACUCAACUUAGCAAACUUGAGGUCCAUCAAGGCUUCUGGAGAAGAGUUUUUACGGAGAGAACCCGUACUGCACAUCCUAUUCAACAACGCUGGGGUAAUGACACCUCCUAUGGAGAUGUUGACGGACGACGGUUAUGAUCUUCAAUUUGGGACGAAUGUCCUUGGUCACUUCUACUUCACGAAAAUUGUUAUGCCUGCGCUUCUAGCGGGUGCCGCCCAGUCACCUGCCGGAACUGUACGCAUUGUGAACACGGCUUCUAACGCCCACUGGUUCGGUAGUCUGGACUAUAACACGUUCAAAGACUCUCCCGCCAGGAAACAGAAGAGCGCGAUGGGUCUCUAUGGCCAAAGCAAAAUGGGCAACGUCUUAUUUGCGGCUGAGCUAGCUAGACGAUAUGGCGACCAGGGUAUAGUCUCGACAGCACUCAACCCUGGUGGUAUCAGGACGGAGCUUAGCCGCCAUUAUGACUCCUUUUCCAAAAUGAUAGGCAACAUGUUCUUCCAUGAUAUAUCAUUUGGGCCACUGACGCAGUUGUACGCUGGAACCACUGCAGAAGGAGCGAAUCUUAACGGAAAGUAUCUCGUUCCUUGGGCGCGCAUUGGGGACACACAUCCAGAGGGGCAGGAUCCACAGCAGGCUUCAGAGCUAUGGACCUGGCUUGAGGAGCAAGUCAAGGACCUUUAGUUUCGAUUGAUUCUUAUGAUCGUGUCAGUAUCAUAUGGUUGUAUAAUUGCCUUUGACGUCUCAACACAAAG